GCUUCGUCAAACUCACGAUUAUCAAUACUGAUAUCUGGUCUGGAUGAUUUCUUCCCCGCUAGAUGGACUAAGAUAACUCUCGUUGGUGCCGGGGCGGCUUACGUCUGCGAACAUCAGUGUUAUACUUGCUUACGGGGUUCCUUCUGGUGUCGUCGGAAAGUCGGAGUGGCACGGGGUGGAUAAAUAUUUAUAAUACUUAGAGCGCAUCAUCGGCCUCCACACGGAAGCAAAACUUGUUUCAUAUCGUCCAUCAUGGCAUUGGUGCCCACAGACUUGAAAGCCGUCCUAGACACCCUCCAAGGUGUGUUUCAACGGUACCCGCGCGGCAUCACCGUCGCUGCUCUAGCCAGCGCCAUAACGGUACCAUGGCUGCGGAGAAACUACAAUCAAUACAUCGAAAUAGGUCCCGGAGGGCUUCCAUACAAUACUUUCGGCUGGCUUAUCGCUCUUUCUCUCUCACUGUUUGGUCGGGAGACUGUAUCCACAGCCAUCUACGACAAAGAUCCCAAUAAAGAGACCUAUCUGAAGGAUCCCGCUUCCAUACCUGAACGUCGAGGGCUUCGGCCACAGACCGGGUGGCACGUAUUUCCACAACGUCAGCUCACCAAAUUCUCUCCAAAGAGUGUUCGGCAGCCGCUUCUGGAUAUCUUCAACAAGCUAGGCAAAGCCAACCCAGGGUUGGUUGAAAUUGCCAAUUCUAGGUUCGAAAAGCAUCAUGAUGCCAUAGUCAUUGCAUCGUCCAGACCUUCUCCGCACAAAGUCGCCGAUCACGCCAGACGGGAGAUAACACACAUCCAUCAAGAAAAGGACUUUUCAUUGCACGCAAUCCUAGCGCCCCAGGAUUGCAAGCUACUCAUCGAACGCGGUUGGGCCGAAAGACACCCUCUCGCCAACAGCGUAGCCCCUAGCCUUGGUCUUCCGAAGGAGUAUUUAUUGAUAUACUCACCGAGGGAUGUGGAGGAACUUGAAAUGGUGGAGCGCAUUAUAGUGGCCGCUAUUGGUUUCCAGACUGGAAGCCGUGAAGUUAACUAGCUGGUACCCUCCUAGAGACUAUAAACAAGUUGAAAUGUGCCCCGCUGCCCUAAAUUACUUCACCGUUGUCCUUGUUCUAGAUUACUGUACCUACUGUGCACUUUGACAGUUGGAAGCCUUCCAUGUUCGCCGUGCCGACCUGUACACCGUCAUGCAUAUGAAAACCAUCUAUCUGGG